UGCAGGGGUGCACCUGGGAUGCCCCGAUCCGCUCGGCGGCACCGCCGAUUUUAAGUAGCAUCUUUCCGAUCUGUUUCCGCGGUCUCAGUCCCCGACCUCUGCGCUGCCUGGGCUCUCGCAGCCUCUCUCUAGUUCUCCUCCAAACGACCACCUCACGGAUUCCUUAUGGAUCGCAGCUCCAAGAGGAGGCAGGUGAAGCCUUUGGCAGCUUCUCUGCUAGAAGCUCUCGAUUAUGAUAGUUCAGAUGACAGUGAUUUUAAAGUUGGAGAUGCCUCAGAUUCUGAAGGGAGUGGUAAUGGAAGUGAAGACCCCUCAAAGGACAGUGGAGAAGGUUCCUGUAGUGAUUCUGAAGAAAAUGUUUUAGAGGAAGAACUGAAUGAAGACAUCAAAGUAAAAGAAGAACAACUUAAAAAUUCUGCAGAGGAAGAAAUACUGUCAUCAGAAAACCGGUUGGUUAAAAUGGAAAAGAAGGAAGAAGAAGAAAAUGGAGAAAGACCUAGAAAGAAAAAGGAAAAAGAAAAGGAAAAAGAGAAGGAAAAAGAAAAAGAGAAAGAGAAAGAGAAGGAGAGAGAGAAGGAGAAAGAAAAAGCAACAGUAUCUGAUAAUGUGGCUGCUUCUGCUGCUGCCCCCUCACCAGCCACGAGUCCUCCUGCUGUUAACACAUCUCCUUCAGUCCCCACUACAACAACAGCUGCAGAGGAACAAGUCAGUGAGCCGAAAAAGUGGAACCUUCGUCGAAAUCGACCCCUUUUGGAUUUUGUAUCCAUGGAAGAACUGAAUGACAUGGAUGACUAUGACAGUGAAGAUGACAAUGACUGGCGACCUACUGUAGUAAAGAGAAAGGGGAGAUCUGCGUCUCACAAAGAAGGAAGUGAUGGAGACAAUGAGGAUGAUGAAGAUGAGGGAAGUGGGAGUGAUGAGGAUGAGAAUGAUGAAGGCAAUGAUGAAGAUCAUAGCAGCCCUGCCAGUGAAGGGGGUUGCAAGAAAAAGAAGAGUAAAGUUCUUAGCAGAAACAGUGCUGAUGAUGAGGAACUGACCAAUGAUAGCCUGACAUUAUCUCAAAGCAAGAGUAAUGAGGACUCGCUGAUUCUUGAGAAGAGUCAAAACUGGAGUUCUCAAAAAAUGGACCAUAUUCUGAUUUGCUGUGUUUGUCUUGGAGAUAACAGUGAAGAUGCUGAUGAAAUAAUUCAGUGUGACAAUUGUGGCAUUACAGUCCAUGAAGGUUGCUAUGGAGUUGAUGGAGAGAGUGACUCUAUUAUGAGUUCAGCUUCUGAAAACUCCACUGAACCUUGGUUUUGUGAUGCAUGUAAAUGUGGUGUUUCCCCUAGCUGUGAACUGUGUCCUAAUCAGGAUGGAAUUUUCAAGGAGACAGAUGCUGGAAGAUGGGUUCACAUUGUUUGUGCCCUGUACGUUCCUGGAGUAGCAUUUGGAGAUAUCGACAAAUUACGACCAGUAACACUAACUGAAAUGAACUACUCCAAGUAUGGUGCCAAGGAAUGCAGCUUCUGUGAAGACCCUCGUUUUGCUAGAACUGGAGUUUGCAUUAGCUGUGAUGCAGGGAUGUGCAGGGCUUAUUUCCACGUGACCUGUGCCCAGAAGGAAGGUCUGCUUUCAGAGGCAGCAGCGGAGGAGGACAUAGCAGAUCCAUUUUUUGCUUAUUGUAAGCAGCAUGCAGACAGGUUGGACAGAAAGUGGAAGAGGAAAAACUACCUGGCUCUACAGUCCUAUUGUAAAAUGUCCUUACAAGAAAGAGAGAAGCAGCUGUCACCAGAAGCACAGGCAAGGAUCAAUGCUCGGCUGCAGCAGUAUCGUGCCAAAGCAGAACUAGCUCGAUCUACCAGACCCCAGGCCUGGGUUCCCAGAGAGAAAUUGCCCAGACCACUCACUAGCAGUGCUUCAGCCAUCCGUAAACUGAUGCGCAAAGCAGAACUAAUGGGGAUCAGUACAGAUAUCUUCCCAGUGGACAAUUCAGAUACCAGUUCUAGUGUGGAUGGAAGGAGAAAGCAUAAGCAACCUGCUCUCACUGCCGAUUUUGUGAAUUAUUAUUUUGAGAGAAAUAUGCGCAUGAUUCAAAUUCAGGAAAAUAUGGCUGAACAAAAGAAUAUAAAGGAUAAAUUAGAGAAUGAACAAGAAAAGCUUCAUGUGGAAUAUAAUAAGCUGUGUGAAUCUUUAGAAGAACUACAAAACCUGAAUGGGAAACUUCGAAGUGAAGGGCAAGGAAUAUGGGCCUUACUAGGCAGAAUCACAGGGCAGAAGUUGAACAUACCGGCAAUUUUGCGGGCACCCAAGGAGCGAAAACCAAGUAAAAAGGAAGGAGGCACACAAAAGACAUCUGCUCUUCCUACAGUACUUUAUAGAAAUAGCAGCAAUAGCAACAACAUCAAUCUUUAUAAUUACUUUCCAUUCCUGGUUGAAGUCUCCCUCCAUAGUUGUGGGAUCUGUAAGAAGAACCAUGAUCAGCAUCUCCUCUUACUUUGUGAUACCUGCAAACUCCAUUACCACCUUGGAUGUCUGGACCCUCCUCUUACGAGGAUGCCAAGAAAGACCAAAAACAGUUAUUGGCAGUGUUCGGAAUGUGACCAGGCUGGGAGCAGCGACAUGGAAGCGGACAUGGCCAUGGAAACCUUACCAGAUGGAACCAAACGAUCAAGGAGGCAGAUUAAGGAACCAGUGAAAUUUGUUCCACAGGACAUGCCUCCAGAGCCCAAGAAAAUUCCAAUAAGAAACACGAGAACCAGAGGACGAAAACGAAGCUUCAUUCCUGAUGAAGAAAAACAUGAGGAAAGAGUUCCUAGAGAGAGAAGACAGAGGCAGUCUGUGUUACAGAAGAAGCCCAAGGCUGAAGAUUUACGAACUGAAUGUGCUACCUGCAAGGGAACUGGAGACAAUGAGAAUCUUGUCAGAUACCCUUCAUGAGACCCAACUCUGCCACAGCUCAUCCUCGGAGGCAAUCCUGGAAACCUCUUUUAUAAGUGUGAUUUUAAAAGUGUGGAUAACACUCUCAAUAGAGUACAUAAUGUAAAGGAGAACAGCUAUCUUGUCCUUUCCAUAAUCUUAUCACUGCAAAAAGUUGCCUUUGCUUGUCAGGUUUGGAUAGAAUGUAAUUGAUUGGUUUAUUACUUGGACUGACAAGGCACUUAAUUUGUGUGGAUAUUUUUCUAUUUUUUCCUUCUACUUUUUUUUUGCACUAAUCAGGAAUAUUUGCUAUGUGCAUUGUUGAAAAAUAUUAGAUAACGUCUUGUCAGAAUUGUCCUACUAAGUAAUGUUUUUCCCUCUUGCUUCUUUGGCAAAUGAUGAUAUACAGUAUUUGGAUUUACUGAAGAGUUGUGGAAGCCUAUGGAACUUAAAUGCAAUGUGCUACUUACUGCUGUCAUUGACAAUACCAGUAACGAGAAAGACAGUGCAUUCUAUUACUCUGCUAUUAUGUUUCAUUCAACUGAAUACAUAUAUCCAUAUAUGAAAUGCUGCAUUGAGCAACUAUAGACUCUUACAUUAAACAUUUCUAAUAUUCAGAAGUGAAAGACUUGCAAAGCAUAUGUAUUCUAGUUUUGACUUACUAGUCCUUGUGUGAAAGCACUAAUAUUAUUAGCAUGAAAUUUUUACAACUUCACAUUUUGAGCUUAUAAGUAAGAAUAUAUCUGUGUUGAUCUCUAGAUGGUUUUAGUAAUGCCCAAAUUUAUUCAGUCUUCAUUGAUUUAAUAUGAACUUUUUGUGUUCAGUAUAAUUUUAUCUUUCUCAACCUUAAGGAUAAGGUUAAGAAAAAUAAGGAGGGAGAUACAAAGCUUAUUGACUAUACAGCCUGCCAGCUGAAAGAUCUUCAUCAAUAUCUUUAUUUUUCCAGGAUUUACAGAAUUAAAAUUUGAUCUUCAAGCUAUAAUGAUCAAGUUUUAAGUCAACUACAGAAAUAUGUCAAAUAUUUCAUCACUCCAUCUUGAACUGACUUAGAAGAGACUCUUUGUUGAAAUUGAAAUUCACAUACACAUGUAAAUUGUCAACUUGUUUCUUAGAGUUUCCUGAUUUGUAAAUGUGGUUUUGGGCAUCAUUUCAGGUAUAGUGGCAAUUGAAAAUAGUUUACAUCUUUAGGAGUAGAGUAGGCAAUGUGAUACAUAAUCAAAAGCAAGUGUAAAUAUAAAGUUUCUGUAUGCUAGUAAUGAAUAGUUAUAGUAAGCAACCAUAUUACUGGAUGUUUACUAAAAAUAGUAUGUAUAAACUUAGAUUAACUUAUUGAAAAAUUGUAUAACAUUGGAGGAAAAAUAUUAAUAACCUGUAGCAAAAUGAGUAGGCUUAUUUUUUAAGAAUAAGAAUGGACUCAUUGUUUAUUACUAUGUAAGUUUAAGAAAAAUGUUGCUAAUUAUUAUGAUUGCUGAAGUCCAGCUGAUUUUAAGAAAAAUUACAGAUUGCCAUUUUCUUAAAAGAAUGUGCUAAUGAACUAGACCCUGGCCUUCCUUUGAUAUAUGGUCUGAAAUGACUAGUGGUCAUUUUAUGUUACAUUUCUUGAGAACUCAUUAAGCCUAUAGUUUCGGUAUCACUAUGAAUCAAAAUCCCUACCAUGGUUCUAAUUAGAAUACUGCAUUGUCAUCAUUCUCCAUCUUGCAGUCUUCAGUGGUCAGUAGGCUAUUCCAGAUUUGGUGCUAGCCCUAGGAAUCUGUCUCACACAUCACAAAUAUAAACUGCAUAAUUCAUAAAUAUUUGGUUCUAGAAACAUGUAUUUGGAAUAGGAGAACUUUUGAAGGGAGUGGAAAACACUUUCUCCUGAUAAUCUCCUGAAUGCUGUCAUAUUUCCACAGUGUAAAAUUAAAUCUUUUCUGUAAUUGGUCCAGUUGCUAUUCAAAGGAGAUAUUAAUAGGUACUUAAGAAAAUAUGAACCAACUCACAGACAUAUGUGAGAGAAAACAGCACAACAGAUAAAUGAUGGCUUUUUGUAUUGCAAUAGGAAAAGAAAAAAAAAAACACUAAAAUACCAGGAAGGAAAUUAAAAGAUCUGAAAUACAAGAAUGAUGUGGUGGUAUAUAGCAAUGGUUCUCAAACUUUACAUUGCAUCAUAAUCAUAGGAAGAUUUGUUAAAAACAAAUACAUUUCCCUCCUUAUCCUCCUUAUCCCAUGGUACUCCUUCCUUCUGGCUCUCAGGAGUUUCUGAUUCGGUGUGUCUGUGAUGGGUCUGAAAAUUUGCAUUUCUAACAAGUUUCCAAGUGAUGCUGAUACCACUGGUCAGGGACAUCACUUUGAGAAUCAUUUGUGUAUAGCACUUCUAAAAGAAUCAUUGUGUUGUAGCUGACGUUUUUCUUUUAAGAUUUUACUUAUUUAUUUUUUAGAGAGAGGUGAGAAAGAGAGGGAGAGAAACAUUGAUCCGUUGCCUCUCAUACGCCCCCAACUGAGGACCUGGCCCGAAACCCAGGCACAGGCCCUGACUGGGAAUCGAACCACUGUAACCUUUCUGCUUUCAGGCCGGCACUCAAUCCACUGAGCCACACCAGCCAGGGCUGUGGCUGAUAUUGAUUGGUUGAAUGUUGCUUUAAUCUCUUUAAAAGGGCCCUUACAUUUUCAAACAUAUUUGUUUCUAGAUAAAAAAAAAGUGGUAAUUUUAUCACAGCACAUACACUAUACAACACAUAUGUUACUCUCAUAAAUUUAGUUAAAUGUUUAUUUUAUUUUAUACUGAUAGUGGGGGAAGCAAUACUUUAGAUUCAGAAGUGAAUCAAAAAACAUGUAUCUUCAUCCAUAAUCCACUAAUUCCUUUUAAAAAAAGAUUUGAAAUUAGGGUUAUUUUUUAACAUGAAAACAAAAUUUAGCCUUAGCCUUUAUCCAUCUUAAAUUUGGAAGAAUAAUAAAGAUGUAGAAAUUCUUUAUCAUUUAUAUAUCUUUAUUAUUUAUGAUAUUAAAAAUAGACUGCUGACCAUAAACAAUAAUAUUCACACCCAUUAUCUUACUUACUGGUUUUAUAUUCUAUCACUUAAUGAUACUACUCUCUUUUUAAACACUUAGUGUUCUUUAUUGACAAAACUUACCACUGUUUUACUUGAUUCACAGUAUGGGAAUAUUUUAUGAAUAUUUCACCAAAACCUAUUCACAAGGACUCUUUGCAGCACAAUGGAAUAUUAACAUUAUUAAUUUCGUUUUCUUAAAUUGUUUUUGACAAUUGUAACUUGUAUAAGAGAUUCCGUUUUAGUAUUGUAUAGCAUAUGAAGGCAGAAAUUGCUUUCUACAACCUGAGUCAGCACUUUGUCAGUUUUACAUAUACUACGGAUUGUGAUUAUAAAUAUUUCUGAGAUGGACGUGUUUUGCAAAUGCAUUCUUAAUAAAAAUGCAGGCCCCUUUCUCCCAGCACUCGCUCAAAGACUUUCUGCAGGUCUGCUGAUAAGAUUCACUGCUGUUCAGGUACAGAAGAUGUAAUGAAAUUGGACGCUCCUGCUGGGCUUUGUAAAUAAAAUGAGAUUGACCCCCAGCCAUUAUCUCAUUUAUCUGAUUUACAUGGUAAAAUUAAGACCUACACUAUUGAUUAGAGCAUAAUUAGUUCAUUAUGAACAGGUAAAUUCAAAGUUACGUGGGGCUUGAGCCCAGCAGGUUGUACUGCUGAAAAAUUUCCCAGGGCAUGAGCAGAUGGAGAUCAGUUUAUUCAAGAACAUAGCAGACAAGUUCAGGUAUGGAAAUGUCGAGUCAUUCUCUCGUGCUGUGAAGAGGUAUUUGACCUUACUGUGUAUUUUUAUAUAAUUCUUUUAUUUCAUAUUUCAUUUUUUCACUUUUAAUCCUGUAAUUUGGUUGUGCAGAUGUAGUUAACUGAAAAGAUCCCAUUAUUUGAUUAUUAAAAUGAAUUUGGAUUUUGAUAUAAUAUAAUUUCAUGUGUAAAGGAUAUUUUUGUCUUCCUUACCACACAUUACUGGCUUUGAUAAAAGUCUGAAGUGGCGUGAACAAAAGUAUGUUGAAGACUUCCACAUUAGUCUUAUGUUUGUGAAAUAUGAUAAAGACAUUUUCUAGUUACUUUGUUUAGAAAAUGAUUAUAUAAGUGGUUUACACUAAAAUUGUUGUAAAAUAUGAGGAAUAAAAUAUGUCUAUAUUGAUAUUAACUGUUAUUUGAAUAUUGGUAGAUUGCAGAAUUUUGUGCAUAUUUGUAUUCUGUUAAAAGUGAUUCAAUUCAUGGGCCACAGGCCUGCACUUUCUCCUUUUGAAAUAAUUGGCUACUGUUCAAUGAAAGACUCUAUCACUACCGGUUAAUAGAUUUGUGUAAUGUUCAAGCUGCUAGUGAGAUUUUAUUUAAGUAAUGUUAAAAUUCAAGACCAAUUCUUUUGAUCUUUCCUGUAGAGAAUUUUUACAUUGAAAUGAUGGAAAAGUAAGAAAAGCAAUCCAUGAACUAUCCUGAUAUUUAGGGUUUUCUUUAAAGUGAACCAAUAUAAUAGCAUGUAUGUUCAGAGCCAGUACUUUAUUUGUCUCAAUACGGACUUGGAAGGGAUCUAAAUAAAUGUGUCAUGGACAGAAAAAACAGCUUGAUUAUGAAUCAACUUGAUCAUAAAAAAUGUACAUUCCUUUUCAAAUCCCAUGUUGGGGAUAGCUCUUCUUCCUGAAGUUUAGCUUAACAUCUGGCCACAAAUUAUAUGCAUAGGAGGUGCACUUAAUUGUUUCUGUUAGUUUAAAAAGUAGUUACUGUGCUCUCCUAGUGAAAUUACCAAUUGGACAUUAGGGGAGUUAAAUCCUCUGGAACACUGGCGUUUAGCCUGUCUCUUGGGCACAAAAGGAAAUAUAUCAAUUGUUUCUUUUUUACUUUUGUAUGUAUAUUCUCAGCAAUCAGAUAAACAUAACUGCUUGUUAUGGAUCAUGGACAUACAAACAUAAAUCAUUUUCGUCCUCUUCUUUGUCUAGGGUGCUAUACUUAACCAUAGGCUAAGUAAGUAUUUUAAAUAUACAGAGAACCAUGUUUGCUUACCGCAUUUUGUUAAAUCAACGUGCAAAAGAGUUUACUCAGCUACUUUGUUAUUUACAUCUGUAUCCAUUAUUAAUCUGAUGCCUAGAAAAUUGUAUUUAGUAAAAAUCCAAUGAAACAGUCCGUUUUCCUUUUAUAAAUGGGAUUCAUUUAAUUUCAUUUAAAUUGUAAUUUUAGAGUGCCCUAUAGUGUUAAUGUAGACAGUAUUUAUUAGAUGUUUAAAAAAUACUUCUUUAAGCAUCCAGUUUGCAUUUUAUUAAAAAUUUGAUAGUGUUUCUUUACAGGUUAGUUUUAU